CCUAUGGACGAUGGUCAUGAAUAUAUUGGUGUGUUUUUACGACUUGAAGAGUGCCAACACAAAAGAGUAAUGGCUUCGUUCCGCUUCUCAUGGGUUUACAAUCUCGACGAUACCGAUGAAGUGAUUCAGUAUGUCGAGACGCCAUGUGCUCAGCUCUUUUAUAAGAACAAAACACUCGGUUAUGCAAAAUUCUUGGAUCGUAAUGUGGUGAUGGAAACAUUGCGCGCCUUUAACCAGCAGCCUUACGAUGACGACGAUUAUGAUGAGUUCGAUGGUGAAUUCGGCAAUUUACAUCUUGUUUGUGAGAUUAAAGUCGAGUCACAGUCCGAGGAGUUGGAUUUAAGGACCAUGGGACGAUACGUUUACGGAUCUCUGGUAAGCACUGAAAACGACGACUUGGCUUCAAUCAAAAAUCAAAACGAGCUUGAAACGUUGAUUGUUAAUGUCGGUGUGCACGCUGGAUUGGGCAUUAUUUUAGUUCCGUCGAGGUUCUUUUUAUCGUUGACAGGCAAUGAAAGAUAUCACGAUAAGGGAUGGGCAAUUGGUCGAGUGUUGGGGAUGGAUGGAGCAUUUUGA